UCUAUUACUUAAAAAAUUUCCUGUUUAAGAAAUAUGGAUAUUUCCUAACUCAUUAAAGUAAAGAUUCUUCAUUCGAAGGAGCUUAGUAUCCUCUACCUCUUCCUCUGCCUCUACCUCUUCCGCGGCCUCUGCCACCUCUGAAACCUCUUCCUCUUGAGGAGCCAUAGUCUUCUUCGUAACCACCCUCUUCAUUGUAACUAGUAGAUCCUCCAUAUCCCCAUUCUUCUUCCUGUCCAUAGGAUUGGUAGUCUUGAUCAUAACUAUUGUCAUAGUCUUGGUAGUAAGGCUCAUGGUAGCCGUAUCCACCUCUGUAGCCUCUACCACCUCUGUAGCCUCUACCUCCUCUGUAGCCUCUGCCUCUGCCUCUUCCUCUACCUCUGCCUCUUCCACGGCUUUUGUAGUGGCUGUCUCCUUCGCCUUCAGAGGGAACAUAUUCCUUAUAUUCCUCAACUUGGUCUUCAGGGAUUGGAGCUUGGUAACCAAUGCCAUCAUUAGUAAGCUCUUCCUUGGACAACACUAUCACGAAAGUGACGAUUUCUCUCUCAGAGCCGUCAUAUCUCUUCUCAGUGAUGGAGGUAAUGCUGUUAUGUUGAUGGAGUCCCUUAAUCCUUCUCUUAAGGAGCUCAACCAGAGGCACGAGCUUCUCAGUAGCUCUUCCAGCUGCCUUCAAAGUAACGGUGUCAAAAGUCUUCUCGUCCUUCUCCAUAAGGUUGUAGACGUAUCUGACGUAUCUACCAACACCAGCCUUGGCUGAGAUUCUGAUCUCAUUCUCUGGGAUCUUUGGGCGGGUAUCUUCUCCUCCUUCCAUUAAAUAAAUGUUUCAAAA